GUGAGUGUAAACGGAUCUUGCUGAUCUUGCUUUAGAGAGGGACAGAGAGUACCUUCUGGGCUGCCAGAAGCCACAGCCCGAGAAAUCCAGGUUUUAGCUAAGGAAUUGGAUUUCACCCACAUCUUUUCACAGAGGAGUGUCUUCAGCCCACAUUUGUUCACAGAGGAGUAUAUUCCUGUUGAUCUAUGCCACUCCAUGUAUCCUUUCUUGGCUUCUCUAUGGAUUUUGUUGUUGUUGUUCAGAAGUUACUGGAUCUUUCCCUUCUGUACCAGCUCUGUAUUCUUUGACGGACCAAGAAAUGUGGAUUUAGAAGGGGCCAUUUAGACCAAUGAAUCCAACCCAUUAUUUACUGCUGGAAUCUAAAUCCGUGCAUCCUUGUAGGAAACCAGCAUCCCCUAGUUUUCCAAUAUUACUUUUCUUGUUAAUAUACAAAUUCUAUUAUUUUUUAAACAUAUUGAACUAUGUCCAGAAUAUAGUGGUUGAGGACCAGAACAGAAAUAGUGUUACAAAAAACUUAGUAUAUGUUGUUGCUGGUUUUGUUGGAGAAGCUCAAGGCAAAACUGAGUAGAUCUGCCUUUUGUUAUGUAUUAGUGUUUUGCAAUCACUGUAGAACAGCUGGUAUAACGUUUCUUAUCUUUCUUUUCAACAUAUUUAAAGAAGUCCUUGGAGCAUUCUGACCCCAUCUCUAGAGUUCCAGGUUACAUCUGUGUCCUCUUCCUUUGUGACCUGUUCUUUUUCUACCACCUCGCUUUUUGUUUUUAGAUCUUAAUUUUUUGUACAGAUAUGUCAGUUUGUGUUUGUGUUUUUGUUUUACUUGUCUGUUUCUUUUUCUUGUUGGAAUUGUUUUCAGUUGUUCUUUUACUGUCUCUCAUUUUAGGAUCUUCCACCCAUUUUGAGUUCCUUUUCCCAUUAGCUUCUCCUGUCUUGGAAUCCCACUUAUUACUUAACAGAGUUCCUUAAACUGAAUUACUGAAUUCCUUAACAGACUUUCUUAAACUCCAAGAUAAGCAUUCAGUCACAGACUGUUUUAGUUUUUAUUUAUAUUGAGAAUUCCAGUGUAACAUACUCACUUUCUCCUAAUCUUCUUGUGCCUUUUUCUGAAGGAGAAAAUUGUCAUCAAGAAAAGUCAGAGAAUUCCUUGAAGAACUAUGCUUGGCAGAAUGUUUCUCCUAGCAAAUGUUGAGAAGAUGCUUUCUGCACUGUGGCUCACUGGCUGGAUUUCUCUCGUUCAUUUUUCAUUCAGCUGUUGUGUAAACCUUCCUAGCUUUUUGCCUGAAGGACAGCCAGCAAGUAUCUCUUGUCCACUACGUAUCCAAUCUAAGUAUACUGUGACUUGGUACGGAAAUGAUAGUGAUAUACCCAUACCUACGGAUAACUACUCCCGGGUCCAUCAGCAAGGAAACUUGCUUUGGUUUCAUCCUAUAAAACUAGAAGAUUCUGGAAUGUAUCAAUGUGUUUAUAAUUCAACAAGAUCUAAAAAAAAACUAAUUGUGCUUGAGAAUAGCGUUGGACUGUGUUUUAAUACAGAAACAGUUUAUAUGCAGAAACUUUCAUUGCAUUACAAUGGGAAGCUGACUUGUCCAGAUCUUCAUAAUUUCAGAAAUUAUGAAAGUGCUCCACUUGUUUCACAAUGGUAUAAGGCAUGCCAUUUGCAUUUGUAUGAAGACUGGAAAUUUCAGACUUCUGGAGAAAAUCUUUUAAUUAAUCAUGUAUCUAAGGAAGAUGAAGGAAUAUAUAUAUGCAAAGUUAAACAUACAUAUAUGGGAAAAGAAUAUAAUAUUUCACGGACCAUUAAUCUAACUACUUUUGAACCACUAAAGAAAAAAUCUCUAGAGAUAAUUUACCCAAAGAACAACUCAGUUGAAGUCAAACCAGGAUCCAGAUUUGACAUGGUUUGUAAUGUCUCAGUAGAUCCUCUGGAUAGAGCAUCUCUAGUCUGGGAGUUCAAUGAUGAGAACUUAAAAAACAUAGAUAAGGAGUAUAAGUAAGUACAACAGGAUAUUUUC